AUGGCGUACCUCGAUAGCGACCAAGAGGAGGCAGAUACUAAAAUCCUGCUACAUGCAGUAGAUGCCAUCGCAUCAGGAGCCAAGAGUAUCAAGAUCUUCUUGCCAGACACCAACAUGUUUGUACUGGCCCUUAGACGAUAUCCGGAGCUUUGUGCGGACAGUUCAUUCGUCACCAGAAGAGGACAGCGCCACCGAAAUAUCCCGCUUUUUCCAAUUGUCCGCACUUUACGAGCAGCUAGAACGGCAGCACUACCUGGCUUUCAUGCCUGGAGCGGAGUGGAUGUCAGUGGAAACUUUGCAUUUAAAGGGAAGUUGGAAUGCUGGAAAGAACUUCUUCAAGCUGAUGAAGAGUGUGUCACUGCACUUGCAGAUCUCAGCUCUACCAUCCUUCCCACAGCGGGCAUGUUCUAUGCAAUAGAGAAGCUAGUGUGUCAGUUUUAACUGCCCAAGACUAAGACGUCCAGCCUCACAGAUCUAAGGUGGCUCCUCUUUCGAAUAAAACAGGCCGAAUCAGAACGACUACCGCCUACACAAGCUGCUCUCCGAGAGGCCAUUGAGCGAGCGCAUUACCAAGCCAUGAUCUGGGCCAAUGACAAAGUCCCUAAUCCAGACCUUUCAUCACCAGAGAACUAUGGAUGGAAAAAAGACAAAGGUUAUUAUAAAUUAACGGUUGAUAUAGUAAUAAACUCUCAAGUUCGACACUAAAGAUUGAGACAACCUUAAUGCACUGCCUUAUUCUUUUAUAUUUCAGACAAAUGGAUGCCAGUGAUGACGAGACUGCAGCUGGCACCCGACGCUGUUCUUUAUCUUGUCAAGUGUGGCUGUGGGAAGGACAAAUGCUGAAACAACAGGUGCAGCUGUCGAAGGGCGGGUCUCACUUGCACAGGCCUAUGCAGCUGCAGCAACUACGAGACAGGAGACGAGUGUGACAAUGUCGAUAUGAUUGAGGAUGAUAGCUGUGAUGAUGAAACAUCGGAUAAGCAGGAAGAUGACAGCGAGGAAGACGAGGAUGAUGAAUGA